GUCGGAUCCGUUAGUGAUUUAUGAAUAUAUAUAACGAUGCAUUUGUCAAUUGCCAGACAAUGAACUACUGUUAAUCAACUGUUAUACAAUAGCUGGUGGAUUAUACAAUGAUCAAUGGAAAUCUAAACGUUGGUUUGGUGGCAAUGCAUAAUGUCGCACACGACGCAGUGAGUUAUAAGCAUAAAACAUCACGCUACAGCUCGGGUGUUGAGCCCCAUUCAGACUACUGUAUGGACCUAAACAAUAUGCAUUUCAGUGAAGGGAAGCACAAGGAAAAUAAGAAGUUUGUAUCGCCAGACCGGAAAAACAAACGCUCAUCGUCGUUACCCAAAUCUUUCUCUCGAUUAAGGAUUGGUGCCAGCAACACCUUGGGCAGGCCGCAGCAUAAGUCGACGACUAAGCAUAAGUCCGAACCAAUGUACAAUCCAGUACAAUGGAUCUCACCUUCGGAAGUAUCUCUGUCAAGUUUGGCCGAACUUCAACGCAGUAUCCAUACCACGAACAACCUGAAGGGUACAAAAAGUGACAUCCGUAAAGUUCAGGGAGUAGUAUCGUACUCGUGCGACGCUUAUGGGGUUUGGGACCCGGCGUCAAAUAUUAGUCUAGAGGAAGUAGAUGAGUGUAACGAAGUCUGUAGAGAUGAUGACGGAUGCGUGUGCAACUGUGACUAUGGCGAGAGUGGUGGUGCGUGUGAUCACAUUCUGGAUCUGCAGGAUGCUCUAAUAAGUGUAGCAGCUAGUAUGAACUUCUUCGAUCAGCGAUUUCGUGGGUCCAACAGCGCUCGCAGUCUGAACAGCCGGGCAACUGACUGCCUGCAAUUGUAUAGGACAUAGUUAAAAUGUACUUGGUUAAAAAAUGAUCGUUCGACUGAUGCGUUUAUCUUGGAAUCGCAUAGAUUUGAUACUCCUGGACCAGUGUCGAUUGUUAAGUUGAGCAACUAAUAAAUUUAAGUAUUAUGACUCUA